UCCCCUCCUCCGCUCCUGGGCCUGCCGCGUCGCGCGUCCUCCGCUCGGGCCUCGAGCCGUCGGGCCACGCGCGAUGGGGCCCCGCAGCCCCGCGGCCGCGUUGCUGGUGCUGCUGUGCGCCGGGGCCGCGCUGCCACCGGGGCGCGCGCAGUUCGAGCGCUACAGCUUCCGCAGCUUCCCGCGGGACGAGCUGAUGCCGCUCGAGUCGGCCUACCGCCACGCGCUCGACCAGUACAGCGGCGAGCACUGGGCCGAGAGCGUGGGCUACCUGGAGGUGAGCCUGCGGCUGCACCGUCUGCUGCGCGACAGCGAGGCCUUCUGCCACCGCAACUGCAGCACGGCCGCGCCCGCCCCGGCCCCCGCCGGCCCCGCCAGCCACGCCGAGCUGCGCCUCUUCGGCGGCGUGCUGCGCCGCGCGCAGUGCCUCAAGCGCUGCAAGCAGGGCCUGCCCGCCUUCCGCCAGUCGCAGCCCAGCCGCGCCGUGCUGGCCGACUUUCAGCAGCGCGAGCCCUACAAGUUCCUGCAGUUCGCCUACUUCAAGGCCAAUGACCUCCCGAAGGCCAUCGCUGCGGCUCACACCUAUCUUCUGAAGCAUCCUGACGAUGAGAUGAUGAAGAGAAACAUGGCGUAUUACAAGAGCUUGCCUGGAGCCGAGGACCACAUUAAAGACCUGGAAACCAAGUCGUACGAGAGCCUGUUUGUCCGUGCCGUGAGGGCCUACAAUGGGGAGAACUGGAGGACAUCCAUUACGGACAUGGAGCUGGCCCUUCCAGACUUCUUCAAGGCCUUUUACGAGUGCCUGGCUGCGUGCGAGGGCUCCAGGGAGAUCAAGGACUUCAAGGACUUCUACCUGUCUGUAGCAGAUCAUUAUAUAGAAGUUCUGGAGUGCAAGGUUCAGUGUGAGGAGACCCUCACUCCGGUCAUAGGAGGCUUUCCUGUGGAGAAGUUUGUGGCCACCAUGUACCACUAUUUGCAGUUUGCUUACUACAAGUUGAAUGAUCUCAAGAACGCAGCCCCCUGUGCCGUCAGCUACCUGCUCUUCGACCAGAACGACAAGGUCAUGCAGCAGAACCUGGUCUACUAUCAGUACCACAGGGACAAGUGGGGCCUGUCAGAUGAGCAUUUUCAGCCCAGGCCGGAAGCUGUUCAGUUCUUCAACGUGACCACGCUCCAGAAAGAACUGUACGACUUCGCUCGGGAACACCUAAUGGAUGACGAUGAGGGAGAGGUUGUGGAGUACGUGGAUGACCUGUUGGAGAUAGAGGAGUCUGGCUAGUCCAUCGCAACGAGAAAGCCUUCUCUUCGUGUGCCUCCUGCAAGGGCCUGGGUUCUUGAUACCUCAAAGCCUCCCCUUCCUAAAGAGAAAGGGAAGCCGCCGUCUCUCCACUACACGGGACCAGGGGCAAGCCUGCCUCCCCUGUGCUCACACCCGUCUACCUGCCUUCCCACCUGCUUCUCUGUAUUCACACUUGUCUCCAUGGUGGCAUGUCUUCCCAUCGCGCUUCCUUGUGUUCACACCUGCCUUCCCGUCACCCCAUCUGUCCUCCCUGAGACCCCAUGUGUCUCCCUCAUGUUCAAAAAGACAGUCUUCUGUGGCCUGUUAUUCUUAUUUUAAUCCCCAAAGGAAAUCAGUAUUAUUUCUUAAGAAAGGAAAACACUAAAAGAUAAUAAAUAUAUUUGAAGAA